CCUCGCCGGCCACCCCGGCCCCCCCCUCCCCCCCACCGCCACUGGCGCCACGGUCAGUGGCGCCCUGGGGCGCAGCCCCUCGCGGCCCACCCCCUUCAGAGCGGGCCUCUCACCCGGCCAAGGACGCCCCCUCCACCCCCCGGGCCUUUAGUCGCUUCCACACGCCACCCCCCUCAAGCGACCCCUUUCAUGUGGGCAGCGACCCGGCCACGCCGCAAUCUGCCCGCCGCGCCGGGCUCCACCCCACCCCCUCGACCGCAGGCCCGGCUGAGGCGACGCCUGCCCCGGAAAUUGAUGCCUUCGACAUGUCCCCCCAAUCGGACUUCCUCGGCCCGAUGGGCCGGAUGCUGAUGCUGGACAGCGAUGAGGGCGGCCACGGGGUGGAUUCCUCCCCACCUGAGGACUUCGGCCCGAGGUGGCUUGCAUCUGAUGGCAGCCCGGCCCGGCAUGAUUCUCCAUCCGAGGAGGCCUUCGUGCCGGCUCCGACUGCCCCGGUGGCGGUGGCCAAGAGGCCCGCCCCCCCGGCGACCGUGCCGCCCAAGCCGGCGCCCAGCCUCUCGGGCAUCCCGCCACGCGGGAAAUCCGCCCCUUCGGAUCUGGCCCCGGUCCGACCCCCCGGGCCAAAGCCAGCCUCCACGAAGGCCGCGGUGCCGAAGGCCGAAGCCCGCCGGUCCUCCAGCCCCGUGGCCGCCGGCAAGUCUGCCCCACCCAAGACCAUGCCGGCCAAGCUCGCCACCCCGACCACUCCCAAGAGCACCCCCGCCAAGCCCGCUGCCCGUGCGAUCUCAGACGCAUCGUCGGCCAGCUCGCCGGCCAAGCCGGCCAAGCAGACCAAGCCGGCCAAGCCCACCAAGCCGGCCAAGCCCACCAAGGGCCCAACCUCGGCAGGCACUCCGCCCGCGCGGAAGCGCCCGGCCAAGCAGCCCGCCUGCCCUCUGGUGGAGCUGGGCAUGCCGGCGUUCGAGGCCCAGCCGGAAGGCUCAGCCGACUGGCCGCCCGCCCGCGCCACUGCCUGGGGCCAAGUCCAACAGAACAUGAAUGCCUACUUCACGCGUUUCACCCAUCCGAGCGUCGACGCGGCGGCUGGCCGCUGGUCCACCGGCGACACGCGGACCUUCCUCAAGGCCUUGCGAACCCUGGACCCGGCGCGCACCGGCAAAUGGGGCUGCUUUGCGGCCAGCAUUUUCCAGCUCGGCCGCACGGGGUCCCAAUGCCGGGCGCACUACAUGGCCCUGAAGAAACUCGGCGGCUAUGGGCUCAGCACCAAGCUCAGCAGCACGAUCGACUCGUCGGAGGUGGUCGACCUGGAGGCGGUGGCCCUCGGCCAGGCGGCCGCCGGCCGGGCGGUGGACAAGGAAAGCGGCGAUCGGGAUUUCGCCGCCGAGCUGGACGCCGUCUUUGCCGGGGCCGGUGUCUAUGAGAUGCUGAUGAAGGAGCAACAGGCCAAGGAGCGGCGCCGAGCUCGGCCCCGGAAGCCGGCCACCCCCAGCCGGCCGCGUGCGACCACGCCCCGUGCCGCCCCGGCCAGCGAGCCGGACGCCAGCCCGGCCCCGGCGAGCCCGCCAUCAAGCUCGCCCCCCUCGAGGGCCGGGCCUCGCCCGCCGGCCAGCAGCCCGGCACCCGAGAGCGCGGUCCGCGCGCACCCGGACCCCGACACCGACGUGCAAGCCCGGCAGCAGCCCGGGCCAGCGGACGGUCCCCUGCCGGGGUCGCCGCGGAAGCCCGGCGCCUGGCCCGGCACCCGGCCACCUCCACCAACCAAGGCUGCCACACCGGCGGCCCCUCGGCGGCCAUACUCCAUGAUUUCGCUCUCGCCCCCGGAGGCAAGCACGCUGCCGGGGCCGAGCUCAGCCAUGGCCGAAGAGCUGGCCAUGCCGUGUCCUCCGCCGCUACUUUCUGCCGAGUCGCCCUCCGCCGGGGCCGACGCGCGCCUUGUGCUGACGCCACGGCGCCGGGUCCCGGAGAGCCCGGGCCGGUCGCGCGACCCGUCGCCCAGCCCGGCGCCAUCGCCGGCCCGGGGCCCGACCGGGCCGCUGCCGGGCGCCAGCCAGGCCGCCAUCGUGCCGCCCGGGUCGCCCCGAAAGACCCCGCGCCUGGAGCCGGCUGGGCCGGAGCCCACCGAUCUGGCGGUGCUGGCCCCGCUGGCGCUGGUGGCCGCCCCCGGCGAUGAGCUGAUGGCCGAUCGAGAGGGCGCGCCGGGCGCCGGCCCGGAUGGGGAGCCCCCCCGGCGCGCGGUCUUCCGCAAGCUGCGCUUCCUGGACGACGAAUCGAUGCCCCAGGUGGACCUGGCCCCGGUCUUGGCCCCCAGCAUGCCGGAGGUGGAGCCGGCCACAACUCUGGCCCCGGGGGUGGGCUUUGGGCCGGUGGGGCUUCUGCCCCCGGCCCCCCGGGGGAAAUGCCCGGGCGUGACGGUCCCCGCCAUGGGCAUGCUGGAGGAUCUUUUUGGCAGCCACUGGCGCCGGGUUCUCGGGCUGUCGGCCGGGUCCGUGUGUCUGGGCGGGGCCGGCAUGCCGCCCCGGCUGGAGCAAUGCGUGGACUUGAUGCACAUGGCGCGACGCCUGUUCACUCAGUUCCGGCACGCGGUCCGGUCACCUGGUGACCUGGCCCAGCUUCGCGCGCGGCUCGACACCAUGGACGUGUCGCGGAGCCGGAUUACCAUGGACCUACUUUUGCGCGACCCGGGGAUACGCUUUCUGCUGGCCGGCAAGGGGGUCUGCCCGGCAGCCGGCGGCGCCUGCCCGGCCAGCCCCCCCGAGGUGCCCUGCGAUCUGCAUUUGGCCAACUGUCUGGUUGGUUUCCUGACCCGGCCGCUGGGGUCGCUGGUGGCCGAAUUGAACACCGUUUAGAAUUGCCAACGCACAAUGGCUGUGUCGCCCCCUGUGCGCACAGAAUAAACGCCGGGCGCGCGCGCCCGAAAGUACACACA